UUUAGGGGGGCUGAAGUCCCCUAGAGUAGGCCUAAUGACGCCACUGCUGGAGCCUAUCCCAGCUGGCUUCGGGCGAGAUUAUAAUGCUUAUAUUAAAUGACAUAAAAGACUCGAUGAUCGGUAUCGGCCACUAUCGCCUCUCGGUAUCGGAUCGGCCCCACAACGUGCAGUAUCGCCCACCCCAGUGUUUGGAAGUGACAUCAGUACACACCCCCCCGUCCUGCGCACCAAGGGGGGGGGGGGUGGAGGGUGCGUGCAGAAAGCAUGCGUGCGUGGACCGAGCCGCUCGGCACAGAGAGACGCCAUGGGGAUGGCCGGCGACGACCUGCUGGUGACACUCCAGAUCUUACCCGCGUUCUUUUCCAACUGUCUCUUCCUGGCGCUAUACGACUCCACGGUGCUGCUCAAGCGCAUCGUGUCGCUGCUGAGCCGCUCCGGGGCGGCCGGCUCCUCGGGCGAGUGGCGCCGCAUGCUGACGACGGCGGGGCUUCGCUCCAUCUGGAAUAGCUUCCUGCUGGACGCCUACAAACAGGUGAAACUCGGCUGCGAGGCCCCCAACUCCAAAGUGGUCAAGGUGCCAGAUUGUCCCCACUGGCUUCACACCGUGAGCACUUUACCGAAUGAGCACCCGGAUGCUUCGCUCCGAAACUGGGACGAAUGCCGCCUCCUGGAUUUUGAGUCAUCGGAUCGCCCCCUGGUGAUGAACUUCGGUUCGGCCACCUGACCCCCCUUUGUCAGCCACCUGCCAGCUUUCCGGCGGUUGGUGGAAGACUUCAGCGAUGUCGCUGAUUUCCUCUUGGUGUACAUUGACGAGGCUCAUCCGGCUGACGGCUGGGUGGCCCCCCACAUGGGCUCCUGCUCGUUCAGCGUGCGGAAGCAUCGGAGUUUAGAGGAGAGGCUCGGAGCGGCGCGCAAGCUCAUGGAUCACUUUUCCCUGCCGCCGCAGUUACAGCUGGUGGCCGACUGCAUGGACAACAACGCUAACGUGGCUUACGGGGUGUCCAAUGAACGGGUGUGCAUCGUACAACACAGAAAGGUUAGCUACCUCGGUGGCAAGGGGCCUUUCUUCUACAAUUUGAAGGAUGUGCGACAAUGGCUGGAGGAAAUCUACGGUAAACGGUAGACGGAUGAAGAAAUAACCAUUUUAUGCAUUUCGGACUUUAGAAGUUGAUAACGGACUGAAUUAACUUCCCUGUCGCCCAUUUCAUGCUGCUAAGACAUUCUUUUGGAAAUUUAAGGCUUUUGCUUUUUAAAUAUGUUUUGUGCACUGUAAGCCAGUAUUUUUAAUAUUUUUUUUUUUGCCCUUUCUUGUCCAAUGGAACCGGUUUAAGCUAACCCUGUUUAUCGUCACCCAACUCUUCAAGUCCUCCUUCUUAUUACUUCUUAUGACUCAAAAGUGCCGAAAAAAUGUCGACAUUCACUCUUGACCGCUUUUCCGGCCAUCCAUAUUCUAUACUCACGUGGGUCGCGGGGGUACGCUGGUGCCUUGCCCAGCUGACUUCGAGGAGCAAGAGGAGUUGUGCACCCUGGACAUAAAAUGUCAUACCCAAAAAGGUCAUUUCCAGCACUGUUUAUGUUGACAUGGUAUCGCUAACAGAUUCAUAAAAAUGAAUGAAGAUGGGUGGGGGGGGGGGGGGUGAAAAGGAGCUUCAAACGUAGGACCAAAGGUCUUUUCUUCUUCGGUGGUAGACUUCUUACCCCAGGCCCACCUUAGCUUUAGCUACCAAGGCUCAACGGCACAACGGAAAGAAUCCAUUUGGGGUCGAACUUUUAUUCCGGACGCCGGAGCACUCUCUGGUCAAGCUUUCUUGGCUUUCUGCAGCCAUAGCGGAGCUCGUUGUCGGAGUCCGGUAGACGCAAUCUGGACCGGAUCAGGACUUUCAACUACUAAUUUAAAUUUUGCACAAAUGGGGCGGAAAACAGCGUCAACUACCAUUGGUUCAAAAUCUGCCUAUUCUCAUGAAGUCUCUGGGGAAAGCCAAGUGAAAAUGUGCAAGCAGUGACUAUUUUAUGUCAGCCAGUCCGAGGGAUGUCGAUAUAAAUGGGUUCCACUGCGUAAAUACGCCCAAUCAUGAAAGACAAAGUGCUUUAUAUAUCACCGCUCUACGUUAGAAGUCAUUAACGGACUGAAGUAACGGACAGUGUCCACCACUUCUUGAUUACCAAAAUUUGAAAAAAGCCUCUCUUCUGAGCUGGUAAUGGUAAUGGUAAUGGUAAUGGUUUAAUUUCAUUUGAACAUGCAUCAGAUUCCAAUUGAGUGCAUCCCAUAAUCAGUUCCCAGUUCCACAUGUCCAAAAGGAGUAGGAAGAAGCAAAGCUUAUUAAAUCCUACCCCUCCAUCUGGUACUUUUACAAUCACUAACUGUUACUUUUGUUUACUUCCUGCUUUCCUAAUAUAGUAAAAAAAAAAAAUUUAAGUUUUUAAAAAUUUUUGAAUAUUUUUUUUGUCACGAACUGAAGUACUCGGUGAUAUGAGCAUCCAAUGCCAUAAUGGGUACCAUAGUAAGUGUCAAUAUAGUGAUAUAUAUAGCACAUCAUGACUGGUUCAAGACUCUUCAUCCUUGUAUUUAGCAAACAUCAACUGCUUGUAUUGUUUCUUGAAUAAGCUCAUCGUUGUGCAUUGUUUGAUUUCCUUACUCAAUCCAUUCCAUAGUUUGAUUCCACAUACUGAAAUGCUAUGGCUAGCAUAACGUAGUCCUAGCAUAGAAGUGUUUCAAAUGUACUUCUUCCCUGAGAUCAUAUUUCUCCUCUCUUGUAGAGAAGUAUUGGAAGACAUUUUUAGCUAAUUGCUUAUUUUUAGCCUUAUGUAUUAUUUUAGCUGUUUGAAGAUGAACUAUAUCAGCAAGUUGAAGUAGUUGUGAUUUUAGCAAUAAGGAGUUAGUAUGUUCUCUGUAGCUGCAAAUGCAAACGACGUGAACUCCAAAAUAUGUCGACCAAGCAGUCCAAGUCAUUGUUGGACUUGGACGUGUUUUCCUUGCAUCACACUUCACAAAUCAGUCAAGUUUUGGAUUAUUUCCCGAGUCAAUUCAUUGUUUUGAUUAUUGCAUUCAUCGGAUAUGCCGCAAAUGGACCGAAUCAAUGUGAUCAAAAAAUCCCAGCUCGUGUACGCCGCCGUUGAUUUGAGGUACAAUCGGCCACAGUCAGCUGGGAUAGGCUCCAGCGUUCCCAUAAGCAGUAGUCUAUUUCAGACUAUUUACGGUACAGUUUUCAGUCUAUUGAGAUGGAAAAGGAGCUUUCUAUUUUUUCCCAACAUUUUUAUUGAUGAACUGAUUUUCUCCUCUUAAACUGUUUUCACUUUCAAGGUGUCAGAAAAGGAAAUCCCUACGACGUCGACAGGGUUUUGUCUAAUGACAUUCGAGCCCCUUCCUGUGAUGUGUGGACUCAAACAGUGGAACCCAUUUCAGUAGACCUCGUAUGCAUGCAACACGUCACAUGACACGCGGCGGUGAGAGUUUUGGCGAAGGCGUUUGGUGGGAACUUUAUGGCCUAGAAUGUUGUAGCACUAGCAUGUUUGCCCCAUAGGUUGCCUUAGCCAGCGUCCACUCGGUCGGGGUAAAACCGGGCUUUGUUUCACAGUCACAGUCCUUGUGUAAAAAAUAUUUGCAGUAGGUUUUUUUCUAUUCACUGUGGAUGUUUGGGAGUGGUAAGGGAAUCGGACACAGAUGCUUGUUCUUGCUCACAGUGACAAAGGUGUACUGAUGAAGACCUGUGAUGAAAGAGUCUGUGACUCAGUCUCUGGUUGGAUCCCAAAACCACACCUGAUCAACUUGAGCAAGACCAAGCGCAUCUCUUUCUUUUUGUCUUUGAUCUAUAUUUAGUCGCCCGUUUUCAAUCUUUGUUAUUUUGUUUUAUGUGGAGGAAAUAAUAAAGUAGGAUUAAAGAUGUCUGA